GUAUGUUCUGCCAAUCGCUUGAGGACAGAGUGGGAAAAGGAGCAAGCAGAGUUAGACGCCGGACAAAAGAACUUAUAGAGCCCUUAUAUACAUAUUUUCCUAAUGUUUUAGAGCGGGUGGUGUGGUGGAAAAAGUAGUGCGCCGAGUGCGGAUGGACUUGUCAGUGUAGUUAUGGAGCCCCCUUUAAGCAAGAGGAACCCGGCGAUAAGAUUAGCGGAUUUGGCAGCGACUCAACCCCUUCCUCAUCAGAAUAUGACAGGCUUCCCGGGGCUAGGGGGGCAUCACCCUCUCUCCCACCAUGCCCACCUCCACCCUGGGGAGCUGGGCAACGACCCCGGAGUGGCACUCACUCCAUUUGGACCCGAGCACAUGGCACAGACAAAUGCUCUCAAACUUAGCCCAUCUCAGCACAUUCAGAGCCAUCCCGAAGCCCAGACCGCGGCAUCUUUCACUUCUGCUCAGACCACAGUUGGUUUCCCCGUGGCUCACCCCCACUCAGGCUACUCAAGCAGCAGGGACUUCAUCCUCAGGAGAGAACUCUCAGCCUCUGCUAUGCAUGCACUUGGCGACCAGCAUAGUUCCGCCUCCUCCCCUCAUCACCAUGGCAUGUUCAUCUCCCCAACAGGUGCUUAUGGGCACGCGGAAAGUGGGGCCCAUUCACUUUUCACUGGACUUCACGACCAAGGGUCCCCAGGUGCCCACCACCAUGCCCUCAACGGGCAGAUGCGCCUGGGUAUACCGGGGGACAUCUACGGCAGGCCGGAGCACUUCGGGCACAGGCCGGAGCACUAUGGACCUUCUUCUCUCCACAGCUACAACUCCAUGAACCUCAAUGUGAACAUCGCUUCUGCUCCUCACGGAGCGGCGGGGGCGUUUUUGAGAUACAUGCGGCAGCCCAUAAAGCAAGAGCUAAUCUGCAAAUGGAUCGACCAGGAGCAGAGUCAGAAGAAGCCCUGCUCGAAAACUUACAGCACCAUGCACGAGCUGGUCAACCACGUCACAGUGGAGCAUGUCGGGGGACCGGAGCAGAGCACCCACGUCUGUUAUUGGGAGGAAUGUCCGCGAGAAGGGAAGGCUUUCAAAGCGAAGUACAAACUGAUAAACCACAUCCGAGUUCACACGGGAGAAAAGCCCUUCCCGUGUCCUUUCCCGGGCUGUGGAAAAGUGUUCGCUCGCUCAGAGAAUUUAAAGAUUCACAAGAGGACGCACACAGGUCAGUGCUUCAAAAUGAGUCAAACUUUUACAAGGUAAUCUGAAAAACCUCAGCCAGUCAGAGAGCAUUAUAAUCUUUCCGAGUAGAUCUUGUUUGCUAUCAAAGAGACAGGCAGGGCGGUCGUGCGUAAAUGCGCACACAAGCUGGCAGAAAAAGUUUUAUUCAGUGACGCAUUGGCACAGUGAGGAAACGUGUUUCAUUUCCUUUCUGAAAUUCAAACUCUUUUACUCGCUGAGACGGCUGCAGUAGGCGUGAGAGGAUUAAGGCAUAUGAUUUGUAAAACGUGCUUACGUACGUGCAGGACAGCGCUGGCACACGCGUAAAUGUAAUUAUCCUCAGGCGUAGGACGGUUAGAAGCCGAAGAUCAGUUUCUAUAUCUGCGAGGCUAUGCUCAUCGUUUUGUAUGUGUUUAAAUGAGCCACAUGUGGUAGUUUUCAGCAUGCACACUCUGUGAAAACAUUCUGGGGUUGAGAUUUGCGGGAAAACUUGUUUGUAGAUCAACACGAUCCCUCCGAAAAAUACCGUGCAACCAAAACAAAAUCACCGAGAUGACAUGCUCGUGAGAGGAGCAGCGUUUAAAGGUCAGGACGGUGAGUUUUUGCAAAACAACUUUUAGAUGUGUUGCACGACCACAAGUGCUCAUUUGGGGAUCUACUUGCGUUCGUUUUUUAAUUCAUCAUGAGACGCGUUUUGGCUGAGAUAGAGGAUUAAAUAUUGGCCUGAUGCCAUCUGCAUCAGUAGGCCCCUACACCUCAGCGAUGAAGUAAAAUCCCAGGGGAAAUAAAUAAGUCAUCCACUAACCUCUAAGUGACCAAAAAGUCAACCUGUUUAUCAGUUAUAAUUUAUUAAGCACUUUACAAAUAUAUCUAAAAUUUAAAUGCAACAUUUUCGACUUUGAUUUGGAAAAGUCUUCAUGUUUCCUGUGUAACUGUGCCAAAAUGUGGACGUGUGUGAUGAGUUCCAACCGCCACGGUAUAUAAACUGCUCCUGGUGGUCUCUAGAGAACCUCCCCUCCUUCCUCUCUCUCCCCCAAACAUACACACAUACAUGUAACCAUAAGGCCUUAAGGCAUGUUACACGUGUUCACACAGGAAAAUGCUUUGGACAAGUGGGUGUGGAGGAGUGUGGCUCUGUGGUGCAUGUUUGGUGAAUAAGCUGUGGUGGAGAAACAGCCCCAGAGGAGAAGUGCAAGCUGCUGCUCCUCCGAGAAGUUAAUGAGAAAUUCCACUUUGCGUGGGAGUUUUUAAAGUGAGAGAAGUUGUUAAGAAGGUUUUAGGAGGUGGAUUAAUUGCAGGUCUUUUAUUUUGAAAGGCUGGAAUGUAAAUGAUGUCCAUAAGCGUUUUAAUGGCAGUUGUUGAAGGCGGUGACAUGUUUUGCACGUGACACUGACUGCAUCUGUUUCUCGUUUCUUCAAAAGGGGAGAAACCUUUCAAGUGCGAGUUCGACGGCUGCGACAGAAAAUUCGCCAACAGCAGCGACCGAAAGAAGCACUCCCACGUGCACACCAGCGACAAGCCUUACUACUGCAAAGUGCGCGGCUGUGACAAGUCCUACACGCACCCGAGCUCGCUGCGGAAGCACAUGAAGGUGCACUGCAAGUCCCCGCCGCCCCCUUCCACCAACGUCACCUACAUCUCCUCCACGAACCCCCUAGGGGACCCCCUUUCGCCCAACUCGGAGCCGCACAGGAACCGCUCCUCCAACCUCUCCCCCCAGGUCACCAACCUGAACGAGUGGUACGUGUGCCAGGGGACCGGGGGCCCCAACCACCUCCACACCCCCUCCAGCGAUGUGCCAACGUCAGAAUCAGACGACGAGGACUCUUUCAGGAACUCAGACCCGAGGACAAUGCUCUGAUAACCCUGUUUACAACCACGUGACUGUCAGACUUGUAGUUGACCCGGUAAAGUGAGCAGAUCCAUGCUGGCCCGAGCGCCUGGGGUAUUGAUCGGUUAUUUUCACUGUAGUAAUACUAAACGACUGUGCUAAACGCAGAUCAUUCGCUAUUGCAGAGGGAGCAAUGCAGGCCUAAUUACAGGAGGAGGAAUUUUUAAGAGGUGACCCCUGACCCCCCCAAAGCUGUGGCAGAAAACCACCAAAAUAAAACCCAAUUCUUUAAAUGUUGAUGAAACUAUCAAAAUAAAAGUCACAUAAGAGAAGAUGUGAGAUCAUUUAGCAUUUUACUGGUGCAAUGCAGGCUUGAUCAUAGGAGGAAGAAUUUUUAAAAGGUGACCCUUGACCCCCUUAAACUGUCCACGAAAACCACCAAAAUAAAACUUUAAAUGUGGCCUAAAACUUUCAGUGUAACUAACUUAAGUAUGGAGGCCCUAAGCAGACAUGCAUCCAACUAUUCUUUUUAUUGUUUUCCAUGAUAACCACUGAUUCAGAUUUUUCUGUACUUUUCCCCCACACUGGGUUAAAAAAGCAGAUAUUCCCAUCUUGACUUAUUGAUACUUGUUGAGGUAACAAAGCUUAUUUUCUCAUACAACAGAAUAAUUUUCAAGACCCCCACCCAAAAUAGACUGGGCAGUGUAAUAGGCCAAAACGCAACCAUGUUACCAUUGUUUGCGCUUGCGAUAUAAGUGAAGCCCAUUUUUACAUUUAUUUUGCGUUAUGAUCAUAUAAUGUUAAAUCAGGAUCUCAAGAAAACUAGUCAUAAUUAAAAACCAAAACAUUAAACAAAAUGUAGGUAAUAAGACUUACGUGUGUAAAGCGAAAAUUGGAUACUCCACUUUUCCUUCAGUGCAACACAGGCCUGGGGACAAGGUGACACCUUUCCUUCAAUAAAAUGGUGUUGAAAUCUGUCAAAAUAAAACACCUUUUUAAAAUGUGACCAAAAACUGUCAAAAUAAGGUAAACACUAGAUCACUCAGUUUUUCAGGGUGCAGUGUUGGCCUUAUUUAAAGGAAAAAGAAUUUAUUUAAAGUGACACCUCUCAUUUUUUAAGACAUGAGUUAAACCUGCCAAAAUAAAACAGCGCUCAUUGAAUUUGUCAAAAUAAAACUUAAAUGUGAGCUAAAUACAGAUAGUCCACAUUUCUAUAGGGAACACGCAGGCCUGAUUUUAGGGGGAAAUUUAUAAGAGGUGACCUCUGACCUUUUUCGUUGUAAGGCAGGAAUAAAAACGCUUCUCCUGAAAUGUUGCCUAAAACCGUUAAAAUAAAAUUUACACAAGAAUUAGAAUAAAAAAACUCUCUUUUCUCAUAGGUUUAAUAUAGGCCUUGUAUCAUACAUAAGAAUUUAUAAAGGGUUAGCACUGAUCUUUUUAAAGGGGGUGGAUGACAACUGAUGAACUUUUUCUAAAUUUGGGUGGAAAAAUAUCAAAAUAAAAGUCCCAUCUGUUUUUUAAUUUUUUUCCUUUUUUGAACAGACACAAUGAAGGCCUGAUAACUGGAUAGAGAAACAUACUGGGUGAACCCUGCCCUUUCCAAAAAUGUAGAUAUAGGGAAGUGUAACCACCAAAAGAAAGCACCUUUUUUCACAAAUGUGGCUGUAAAAAGUGUCCAAAAUUAGGACUCAAUUUGAGGGGAAAAAAUCAAAAAGACCAAAAAAUUUUAACGUGGGACUUCUUCCAGAUUAACCUCAUGAAAUUGAAAAAUGUUUUCUUGUGCAGGGUUUAAUUACCUGCAGGACUUAAGGCUGAAAUGACAUCUUUCAUGUGACCUCCCAUCAUCCCCUUUGCAGUCUAAUAACCCGCCUGCUAUCAGUCUCUGUCAUAUCCCAGACAUAUGAGGAGACUAAUGGUACCGCUUUAACCCCAUGAAUGGCAACAAAUGUUAGAGGACAGAAUGUGGAAGAUUUUUUUUUUUUUUUUUCAAUUAAUUUUAUGAGAUUUUUUUUCUUUUUAAGUUGUGGUACAAACUUUGAUAAGGAAAAUAGAAAAAAAAUAAGAAGGCGAACAUUUUAGUGUCUUAAGGGUUCUCUUUAACCGUUUCAGAUUUAUACAUUACCUGUGUUGGGAUGGAAUUUUGUAAUAUUUAAGAACUAUUUAAGACUCUAUUUUAUGCAAAAUACACAAGUGUAAUGCUCGUUACAGAGUACGAGUAUGUCCCCCGAGACCCUAAAUGUCUACACUGACAGGCUUUGACCCUGGACCAUUUGUAUAUAUGUAAUUGUACUGAUGCUUGUGAAUGUUGUGUAGUUUUAAUUACAAGGAAAAAGAAAUGUUGUUUUGUACAUUGUAAUUUAUUUGCUGGUAUCAGUGUCGUACUGGAAUUACAGGAACACCAAAGAAUAAUAAUAUCAGUUUUGGUGAAGCAUAAUACCCUGCUGAUGUUUGUUUUUGUUUUUCUAAUUUUAUGUUCAAUUUUCCACCUUUUAUUUUUUAAUUUUGUAAUUGUGGUCUGUAAAAGAAGCAAACAUUGACUUGAAUAGGCUGUGUAAUGUGAAAAGUCUUUCUCGCAUGCCUUUUUGUAGUGAUCUGUCUUUCUGUUCCUGAGGUGCAUGGUGCCGUUUCAUGAUGGAUAAAAAAAAAAAGGAGACUCAGCUAUGAUUGUGCAGACCCUUGAUGUUCAAAAUUACAUUUGCAAUAUAAAUUUCAUGCUAAAAUUAAUAAAAAAAAAACAGGACUUAUAUGGUUAAUACUUCAAA